UAAGAAGAUGGCUGGGUUUCCUCUAUAAUGAAGAGAUAACAAUUCAGUGAAGUGAAGCAAUCAGCACUGCAGAACAACAUUUAUUUCUCCAUCAGAAAGUGGGUCACUAGGUGAAUAUCACAAGCUUUAUAUUUGGCCAGAAAUUGAAGACAGAGGGAGCUCUGAACCAUGGAAACUUGCUUCAGGAACAAACAAGGUCUGUAUAUUUUGCUUUUUCUGUGUCUUCCUGGAAAAAUGUGUAUUUCUAUUCAGUAUUCAGUGCCUGAAGAAAAGAAAAGUGGGUCCUUAGUGGCUAAUGUGCUGAAGGAUUUGAAAAUGGGAAUAGGGGAUCUCUCUGCUCGCAGAGCCCAGUUAGUUUUCAAAAGCACUAAGCAAUAUUUCCAUCUUGAUACCCUCUCCGGAAAUCUGUUGAUAAAUGAUAAAAUGGACCGAGAAGCUUUAUGUGGCAAGACUGAGCCUUGCUUACUUCUGUCUCAAAUUGUACUCCAGAACCCCUUAAAAAUAUACAGUAUUGAACUACAGAUAGAAGAUGUGAAUGACAAUGCUCCCAAUUUCUCUAAAACUGAAUUUGAGCUGGAAAUUCCUGAGACUGUUCCUAUAAAUACACGGUUCCCCUUGGAAUCUGCCCAAGAUGAGGACCUGGGAGAGAACAGUAUCCAGAACUACACACUCAGCCCCAAUGAGCAUUUCUGGCUUGAUGUGCAAAUGAACGAGGAUGGAAGCAAAUAUGUGGAUCUUGUUCUGGAGAAGCCACUAGACAGAGAAAAGGAGCCACACAUUGGACUGACUCUCACGGCUGCUGAUGGAGGGAUGCCACAGAGAACAGGCACAGUUCAAAUAAACAUUAAUGUUCUGGACAGUAAUGAUAACUUUCCUCUGUUUACUCAGUCUGAAUAUAAAGUGAGGUUAAAAGAAAACAGCCCACGGAAUACCCUGGUCUGCAAAGUGGAAGCCAGAGAUUUAGAUUUUGGUUCAAAUGCGCAGAUCUCCUACUCAUUCCAUCGGGUGCCUGAAAAAAUAUACAAUUUGUUUCAUUUAAAUGAAUGGACUGGAGAAAUCACUGUUUUGGGAGAGAUGGAUUAUGAAAAGGAAACCAGUUAUGCUAUGAAUAUCAGAGCAACGGAUGGUGGGGGUCUUUCUGGACACUGCAAGGCCCUAGUAGAGAUUGAGGAUGUAAAUGACAAUGCUCCAGAGGUUUCAGUCAUAUCCACCACCAGCCCUUUACCAGAGGAUUCUCCCUUAGAGACACUGGUUGUCCUCUUCAGUGUGAUGGACCGGGACUCUGGGGACAAUGGCAAAGCUGUCUGUUCUGUGGAAAUAAACCUUCCCUUUGUGUUAAAAGUCACUGUGAACAAUUAUUACCAGCUUGUAAUCCAAAGUCCCCUGGACAGAGAGAAAGUCCCCGAAUAUAAUAUUACUAUCACAGCCAUUGAUCGGGGCUCUCCCAGGCUCACUUCUACAAGAAUGAUUGAUGUUCACAUUUCAGAUGUCAAUGACAACCCUCCAGUAUUUCAAAAGCCUUUACAUGAGAUGCAGAUUCGAGAAAACAAUAUCCCAGGUCUGCUCAUUGGCUCAGUCCAUGCUGUUGAUUUGGACAUGGAGCAGAAUGCCAAAGUGACUUAUUCCCUGUUGCCUGGGAAGGUUGGUGAUGGCCCUGUCACCUCCUACAUCUCAAUCAACUCUGAAACUGGAAAUGUGUAUGCCCUCAGGUCUCUGGAUUAUGAGCACAUAAAAGAUUUCCAAAUUACAGUGAGGGCGACAGAUGGCGGUUCUCCUCCACUGAGCUCAGAAGUUCUCAUCAGAGCUGUUGUCAUAGAUGAAAAUGACAAUGCUCCCUUCUUCCUCUAUCCCCUUCAGAACAGCACAACCACCUGCAAUGAGCUGAUGCCCAAGUCAGGGGAGGCCGGGUACCUGGUCACCAAGGUGGUGGCCGUGGAUGGAGAUUCUGGUCAGAACUCUUGGCUCUCCUAUGAACUGCUGAAGGCCACAGACCCUGGCCUCUUCAGCAUAGGAGUCCAGAAUGGAGAAGUGAAAACCAGGAGACCAUUGAAUGAGCGGGACACCAACAAACAGAGGCUUGUUAUUCUGGUCAGAGACAAUGGGCUCCCUCCACAGUCCAGCACUGCAACACUCAAUAUACUUUUGGUGGAUGGUUUCUCUGAUCCUUAUAUGAAGAUGGUGGAUGUCAGUCAGCAGGAACACGAAGAAGAUGAGACCUUGACCAUGUACUUGGUGAUCUGCCUGGCUGCAGUCUCAUUGGUGUUCCUGGUUUGUAUUAUCACCUUUGUUAUCAUCAAAAUCUACAAGAAAGGUUCCAGAGAAACCUUUAUCCCUGCACCUCCUCCCUUCCCACCUGCCAGACCUGAGUUCCCAGAGAAUUGUUCUGAUUCUCAGAGUGGGUCACUCUCCAGGACUUACCACUAUGAUGUUUGCUUGACUGGUGGAUCCUUAAGCAGCGAGUUCAGAUUUCUCAGGCCUCUCAUUCCUGUUUUUUCUGUGGGGGACCCCAACAUCCCUGUGCACCACAGGGCGUCUUCUGGUUCCCAAGAUAUUACUCAGGAGGUUAAAGAUAAAGAAUCAAGAGAACAGGCCAGAGUUUCUCUCUCUGAAGACUCAGCUCCCAGAUCUGGAGGCCCGGGUUGCAAUGUUAAUCAGGCAAUAGGUGCAAAUGUGAAUUCUGGUCAAAGUGACUGGCUUGCCUAUCAGUAGAUGAGGAUAUCAACUUGGUCCAUCAUUCCAUCUCUAUUGGACAAAAAAUAAUAAUCAAGAGACCAAGCAUCAUGGAAGAAACUGAACCCCUGGCCUAAAAAGAAUGGGUCCUCUGCCCAAAAGGGAACGUCAUUGGGCACAAAGACUUGGAAACUCUUCUGUGUAAGCCAAAUUGAAAUUAGCAGGAAUACCCUUAUGUUGUUCACAGUUAUUUCAAUGGGGUUUAUGUAAGAACUUGGAUUGUGCACAUACACUUACAUGGUAUACAACUGUUUAGUUAUUUUUGCUUUGUAGGAUUUUACAAUAGACUACAACUGCCUUGAUCUAGCUCCUAAGGAAACAUAAGAGACUCUUUUGCAUGCUUGUAGUUGUGAUUCUUCCUUUAUUUGUGAUUAUAUUUUUAUUGCUGUUCUUAAAAUAUUUUCAAGUCAUGCCAAUCUCUAAGCAAUUCUAUUCGUUGACCUUCUUUAGCAUAGAAAACAUGGUAAUGCUGUUGCUAGUUCCUUCCUUGAAAAUCCUAGCAAAACAAGUGAAUGAUUAGGCUCAGUAUGAAAAAAAAAAAGAGGAGGGUCAUAGUCUACAGAGAACUUAAAAUAAAUGUGAGCUUUACAAGUGAAGAGUAGUUCUCCCAUUCAUUUCAAUGAGUUUUGCAAAUGAGGUGUUUAUUUCCCAGGCUUCUGUUUCCCAGUACACAUCAUUUUCGAGUCACUAGAUUGUGCACAAUUCUACCAUUGUCUGUAGUUAUAUUUGUACUAGUAACUUUCAUAUUGUCUACAUAUUGAAAUACAUACCUUCACUGAAAAUUAGCUAUUCCUGUUUUCCUGUUAUCUACCCCAAUGUCAUGCUGAGAAAAAUAUUGCAUGCUAAUCAAUAUUACUUUGCAACAGUUAAAGAAGAAUAAAGCAUACUACAUUUGAAAAGCACAUUUUGGCCACUGAUUUCUGUUUAAGAGGACAAAAGAAGCUACUCUAAAUCAUAUCAUGUAAAGCUGUCCUUUAACAUUGGCUAACUUACAGUGCUUGGAACUAUUUGGAUGAUAACAAAAUGGGAUUUAACACCAAAUUGAUGCUGAUCUCUACAGCAAAUGGGACAGUUCAGUGAUGAACCUUACUGUACCCAUGGUCCUUUCACAGUGUCCUUUCACGGUUAUAUGGUUACGUGGUUGGUAGUCUGGAAUAAUUUUCUGUAAACCUUGUCUUUUGAGAAUUGUGCUAUAUUCAGACAAUAGCAAAAAAAAAUCACAGUGGUAAAGCAUUUUGAAGUUUGUGGAUAAAAAAAAUAGUAUUAUAGUGAAGUAGCAGUUUAAAUAGUAACAAGUGCAAUCCACACAAAUUGGAAUCAGCAAGAAACAUGCUUUUUU